AUAUUGUCACUCUUGUUCUCAAAUAUUUACAAAUCAAAGAUACCGACGACGAAAUGCCCGCACUUUUGUUCGAUUGGAAUCAGGCCGGCUUCAACGACACCAAAGUUCCAAAUUGUCGUAACGGUGUUGCAGGACAGACGCAAGGGGCUAUAAUCACAAACAUCCUUGCAAACGGAGCAACCGAUUUUAGGAAUCUGAACUUACUAUUCAUUUUUCGAGAUGGUCAAGCAAUUGGGGAUUGGCACAGUAAUGUCGCUGUGAAUUUGCCUUGGGCGAAACGUCAAGCUGGUGUUCCAGAUAUCUGUAACAACAUCUUAAGACUUAAUAAGAUUACGGCCCACACAGCCAAAGUCGAUGUCGAGAAUUUUAUAGCAUUAGAACAAUAUCCUGAUCUAUAUUAUGAAUUCAGUAGUGAAAAUAUUGAUUAUUACGGAAUUACUGCUGAGAUAUUAUGUCCUUUAUGCAAGUUAGACCAUGAUGAUGAGGAAGAUGUAGAAGAUACACAAGUCAAGUCUGAUGAGCUACUAACCCCCGAAUAUCUAAAUUGGUAUUCCAAAUUAACUGAUUUGCCAACAACUAUAUCUGAUAAACUUCGUUCCAAGUUAUAUAAAAUAUAUAAGAAAAAAAUAGGACUCGAUCCCUGGAUAAAGUCUGAAAUCUUUGAAUCCUCACAAAUCAAAAAGGAUGCCAGCAAUCAUCUUUCACGAGACUAUAUCAUCAAAAUUUCUAAGUUUUCAGAAGAAAAAAAAGCUAAAUGUCCUGUAUGUAAAGAGAUACAUACACGUCGAGUUAUUAUUGCUAUACAGAGUUUGCUGAAAACUCAAGUAAAGGUAUCAAACAAAAUCAGUAACUCACCAAUUCAUCCAAACAAAACCCAUCUUUAUCAGCCAGAGGCUGGCUUAUGCCAAUAUACCAUUGAACAUAAAAUGGAUCCUGAGAAAUUUUCGAUCAUUACUGAAGCUGAGAAAAAUAGGUGGGUCGUGGGAUGUUUUCCUGCUGACUUGGAAAGAGAUAUAUGCCUUUAUCAUGGAGGAAUAAAAAGGAACGAAGAUACAAGAAAAUAUCAUAAAUUUUUAACAGAUCAGGAUAGGAUGGUCGGUGAAGAGUUAUUACGUUGUGGUUUACUAAAAAGCAAUUUAAGUACUGCAUGGCUAGACGAUCUGAUAAAAAAUGGGAAGAAAUCUAUACUCAAUUCAUACAAAUUUUUAGUCAGACAUAGCUAG